UCAACCCCUCAGCAAAGAUGACGUCAGUCUUUCUGUUUGCUUUGUUGCUCUGUUUGUCCAGCGGACUGUUGGCUGCAUAUGGUGCACCUUCCUGCCCUACUGAUUGGACUUCGUUUGGCUCUCGCUGUUUCGCUUUCUACGGCCAGCCAAAGACCUGGAUCGAUGCAGAGCUCUUCUGCCAGAGCGCUGGUGGGCAUCUGGCUUCCAUCCACUCAGAUGCGGAGCAUGAAUUCAUCAGAAACAACACUAACCAAGUGUCCAGUACUGACAAAAAUGCCUGGAUUGGAGGCUUUGACGCAAUGAAGGAGGGUAUCUGGAUGUGGACUGAUGGAUCCCAAUUCUACUACCAAAGCUGGGGUGGUGGGGAGCCUAACAACUGUUGUGGAGGGGAGAACUGUCUUCUGAUAAACUGGAGAGAUAACUGGAACGACGGGACUUGUAGCUCCCAGCUUCCUUUCGUGUGCUCCAAGAACCUGUAACUCUAACGAGCCAUCAUGAUGCCUCUACAGCUCAUCUAUAAUCUCUAUCAUUGAUUCUCUUUCAGUUUGUUCAGCAGACAGAAACAGCUCUCUGCUGACAGAUGACUCACUUUCACUUGUUUAUUAUCUGAAGAGUUAGGGAACAGUUCACAUUUGGGUUUAAAAUUAGACAGAAACUGGCUCACUGAGCUGGACAAA